GGUUGCUGUAGUUAGCAGUAACAACUACUAAAAAUCGAUUAUUAAUCUACGAGAUGGGGUAACCGUAUCGUUUAUUCCGAGUAGCCAUUGCAGGUAAUACCGACGAGAACCGUUUGUUUUAUUAGCGAUAUAAACCGUGUUUUUCAUCGUCCGGUUUUAUUAAUAGCGCUUAUCGUUGUUUAACAUAAUUUUCACAAUAACGUUUAUCACGCUUUUAUUUUAAAACGUUACACAUUUACGCUGGCAGUGCCACAGAGUAAAUAUCAUAGGCCAUACGAUCUAAGGUACAUGUACAUAUAAAUAUUAUUUAAUCCAUGGCAGUGUUUUAAAAAUAAAUAUCCCUACGUGGGUAUAUUGAUAACAUUAUAUUUAAUUAUUAUCAGUUUUUAUAAACAUAAUAUAUUAUUAUUUUAAGUAAUUUAAUUGUUAAUUGUUGAAGUUGUUUAAAAUUGUUGUUUGUAAGUUUGUUAUAAGACGUGUUCACUGUUUAUAGUCAAUUAUUUUAAAUAAAAUGCCGAGAAGUAAAAAGUUGUCGACUUUAGCGUUAGCUGAAGGUUUACCAAGUAUUCCUACAAAUGAAGAUAGGUAUAUUUUAAUAUUUUUUUUAUUGUAUUUAGUUUCUCUCCUUUUGUAUUUUCAUACAAAUUUCAGGAAUGUAAAUACUGAUGCAUUCAGCAAUAGAGAUUUACCGUUGCAAUAUCCUUACCAAAACACCAAUAAUGAAUGUAAUAUAGGUAUGUUAAUCAUAUUAUGUCUCAAUAUUUUAAUUAAUUAGAACUUUAUAAAUAUAAUAAGAUAUUAUAGUAAAAAUAUAUAAUAUUUAUAAUGUUUAGGUACCUAUUAUAUUUUUAAUUUUUUUUUAGAAAAAUCCUACGACUUGCGCCCUAUACCAAACUUCAUGUCAUUAUCAGCACAUGUGAUACAAGACCCAGAACAAUUUGAAUAUUGUAAAUGUUUGAUCUGUACAAAGAACAAUGUUCUAAAAAGUUGUCCAUCAAAUUGGCUAUAUAAGAAUGUGCUUGCAGAGACAGGACUUAAGUUUAAAUUACCGUUUGUUGAUAUAUGUAAAACAUGUGAUGAAUACAAGAUUAAAUCAAAACAUUCUAAUGGUGAAGAGUUCCAGCUUUUAAGUACCAUGAAUCAAAAUCACAAAAAUAUGGUAGAUGUAGCAUAUAGAGCAAAACAAGAAGAUAAAAAAAAUAUUGAGUACAAUUCCUAUUCUUAAAGUAAUCGUUUUUGAUUUCCAGCAAUGUCUGCUCACCCUAAAUUUGAAAACAAAUGUAAUUUUCUAUAAACGCCACCUUUGGACAUAUAUUGAAACCAUACGAGAUAUCGGACUCAAAGACACAUAUGUUAUAUGUUAUAUGUAACAUGAAGGGUUGGCUGGACGUGGAUCAAACCAAAUUGCUUCAAUUUCAUAUUAAUAUGUUUUAGAAAAAAUACAUAAUUCAAUUACUCAUUUGAUAAAAUAUUGUGGCACGUGUGCUGGACAAAAUCGUGACAUAAAUUUAGCCAUUAUGUUUAUGUUAGCAAUUCAAAAUCAUCCAUCUUUGGAGAUAAUUGAUAUUAGUCAAAAAUCUAUUAAUAUACCCGAUGAUGAAUUUUUAAUUCGAAAACUGUUGUAUUCACUUAUCUUAAUACUCUUUAACACAUUUAUUAAUUCAUUUUUUUUUUAUACAUUUAUUUACAAGUAUUAAC